UCGUCGUGUGGGUCAGAGAGAAGCUACUGACAGCUAGCAACGCUAGCUUAGUCACAGAGCCGCCGGGAGAAGGUCGACAGUAGGACAGCAGCAUCCUCUCCUAGCGUAAAACCUACCUGCUUUUUAUUUUACAUCCUACCGAGGGAAGAAGGCUUUUUAAAUCCCGUAGCUUGUAAAAAAAAAAAAGACGCCUAGCGAGCUAACCGUUUAGCGAGCUAGCUUCAAGUUUCCGUGCAGUGUCCUCUUUCUAUCUGAACAUCCACAAUCAUGGCUGCGCUGAGAGCGUCCUACCACCGGAUCCUGGACAGGGUCGAGCAUAUGCUGCCCGCCAAACUGAGACCCCUGUACAACCACCCUGCAGGUCCAAAAACGGUUUUCUUCUGGGCCCCAGUGUUUAAAUGGGGUCUGGUUUUCGCUGGUUUGGCUGAUAUGACUCGACCAGCUGAUAAACUCAGUACCUCCCAGUCUGCGGUGCUGACGGCCACAGGGCUCAUCUGGUCCAGAUAUUCGCUGGUCAUCAUCCCGAAGAACUGGAACCUGUUUGCUGUCAACUUCUUUGUCGGCAGCGCGGGAGCCUCUCAGCUUUACAGGAUCUGGAGGUACCAGCAGGACAAGAAGGCACAGGAGAAAGAGGCUGCAGAGUCCUGAGGCUUCCCUGUUUGCCAACGCUCCAUUGCAGUGAACUAAAAGGGAGACUCCUCAUCAUCUCUACAGAAUCCCACGUUGUCUCCAUAACAUCCAUGCCAUAACCAUUGUUCUACCACAUUAAGCCUGUUGUCCCUGUUGGAAAUAAGCACUUUUCCUUAAGUUUCAGAUUUCCUCAGGGGUGUAGUUAAGAAAAAGACAAAAAAAAAAAGAAAAGAAAAGAAAAAAAAAAGGACAUUUUUUUUUAACUGUUGUCAACACACACUCAAGAAUGGUGGUCAUCAACGCACAAGUACUGCUUGUUCAGCAAGUUCCAUGAUUGUACAGUGUUUAAUUUAACGUCAUGCGUUAUAUUUCGUGCACGAGCUGGGAGGUUUUUCCAUCGUUUUUUUUCCGAUGUAGCAAUCAGUACCUCGAGCAAAAGAUUUCCCAAAAAAAAAAAAAGAAUAUGAAGAAAUGUAACUCUUGGAUUUGUGUUGAACGUGGUUUAAGGAAUGUUUCCAAAUGAAUUUACGAAGGAUGUCAUCACAUUUAUCGCUUCAUUCACUUAUUUAUAAUUUGGUUAGAGUUCAGGCAUCUGUACCUCAACGAUCAUUAAAUCAUGAUUGAUUACCAUGUAAGGAUUCCUUCCAUUUUAAUGGCUUUAAGUGUUUUAAUCUGUGUGAAAACAAAUCCUAAUUUAUGAAUCACUUGAUUUAUCUCUUGUAGUCAAAACUGUAUAGAAAGAUGCUGUUUUUUUGUAAUUCUAUAUCAGGAAUUCUCACACAAAUGCCACAUUUUUAACCUGUGGAGCUUUUUGUUGAUCCUUACCACAGAGUCGACGAGCAAACACUGGUACCGACGCUUCCUUAUUAUUAAAACCUUGCAGUCAAAAGCCUUGUUGUUCUUAGGAAGGUGUUUUAUAUUUUUUUUUUCUGUAUAAGAAUAACAGUUUCUUUGACAUGUUCCCACCAUAUUUAUACAGUAUAGUCCAAUGAGUAAUUUAGCAAUAAUCGGUAUUAUCACGUAAUCUGCUGACUGUUUGAACAAAUGGCACUUUCGAGGGUUGAUCUUGAUGGCUCUGUGGCUCUGUAAUGGCUCUGUAAUGCUAAUAAACACUGUUUAACACCUACA